AUGUUCACACCUGGCAGCUCUGAGUACAGUGAAUGCACCCAAGAUACACUGAGGACGCAUUGGGAUCUGAUCACUCAGAUCACACUUGGAGUUAAUGUUACAUACAUAUGUCUUAACGGGUAUGUGGAAGUUAACAAAUACAGAUAUGUUUAUUUUCUGAUUAUAUUUACAGUUUAUAUUCUAAUAAUCUGCAGUAAUUCUAUUAUAGUGUACCUUAUCGUGAUUCACAGAAACCUCCAUGAGCCGAUGUACAUUUUCAUUGCAGCUUUACUACUGAACUGUGUCCUUUUCACCACGACUAUUUACCCAAAGCUUCUGAUUGAUCUUUUGUCAGAAAAACAGAUCAUAUCAUAUUCAGCCUGUCUCUUUCAGUUUUUUGUACUUUAUUGUUUAGGCAGUUCAGAGUUCUUACUGUUGUCAGCCAUGGCCUAUGACAGGUAUGUGUCUAUAUGUAAACCUCUGCAAUAUCCAACUAUCAUGAGAAAAACCACUGUGAGUAUUUUCCUGCUUUUAGCUUGGAUUGUACCUGCUUUACAUAUUUCAGUCCCUUUAAUAGCGAGUGCUGAAGCUAAACUGUGUAACUUUACUUUAAAUGGAAUAUUUUGCAACAAUUCAAUUUACCAGCUUCAGUGUGUGAGAUCAAGAUUCAUUACUAUGUUUGGUGUGGUCAUUUUAUUAGAUCUUGUAAUCCUCCCAAUGCUCUUCAUAAUUUUCACAUAUACAAAGAUAUUUAUAAUAUCCUAUCGAAGUUGUAGAGAAGUCAGGAAAAAAGCUGCAGAGACCUGUUUACCUCACCUGCUGGUUUUAAUCAGUUUCUUCUUUUUAAGUCUAUAUGAUGCCAGUAUAGCUCGAGUGGAAUCCAACUUUCCAAAACCUGCUCGUUUAAUAAUGACAUUACAAACAGUUUGCUAUCAGCCUUUGUUUAAUCCACUGAUAUAUGGACUGAAAAUGAAAGAAAUUUCCAAACACCUCAGAAGGUUGUUGUGCUCAGCCAAAAUCAUCUGA